AUGUUUUCUCUGGCCCUGAAAUGCCUUAUCAGCCUGUCCACCGUCAUCCUGCUGGGCUUGAUCAUUGCCUACCACACGCGGGAAGUGCAGCUCUUCGUGAUCGACAACGGCGCCGAUGACUGGCGGAUAGCAAUGACUUAUGAGCGCAUCCUUUACAUCAGCCUGGAGAUGCUGGUUUGUGCCAUACACCCCAUCCCUGGGGAGUACAAAUUUUUCUGGACAGCACGUCUGGCCUUCUCCUACACACCCUCGCGGGCAGAGGCCGAUGUGGACAUCAUCCUCUCCAUCCCUAUGUUCCUCCGCCUGUACCUGAUUGCCCGGGUCAUGCUGCUGCACAGCAAGCUCUUCACUGAUGCCUCGUCACGCAGCAUCGGGGCGCUCAACAAAAUCAACUUCAACACACGCUUCGUCAUGAAGACUCUCAUGACCAUCUGCCCCGGCACUGUGCUGCUGGUCUUCAGCAUCUCCCUGUGGAUCAUCGCCGCUUGGACGGUCCGUGUCUGUGAGAGCUGCCGUUCACCUCUGCGCAGGGCAGGCAGUCGGGGUCUCCCCGCGUGGUACCACGAUCAGCAGGAUGUGACCAGCAACUUCCUGGGUGCCAUGUGGCUCAUCUCCAUCACGUUCCUCUCCAUUGGCUACGGUGAUAUGGUGCCUCACACAUACUGUGGGAAAGGUGUCUGCCUCCUCACCGGCAUCAUGGGGGCUGGCUGCACUGCCCUGGUGGUGGCUGUGGUGGCCAGGAAACUGGAACUCACCAAAGCCGAGAAGCACGUGCACAACUUCAUGAUGGACACUCAGCUGACGAAGCGGAUCAAGAAUGCUGCAGCCAACGUCCUUCGGGAAACGUGGUUUAUCUACAAACACACAAAGCUGCUAAAGAAGAUUGAUCAUGCCAAAGUCAGGAAGCAUCAGAGAAAGUUCCUUCAAGCCAUUCACCAGCUGCGCAGUGUGAAGAUGGAGCAGAGGAAGCUGAGUGACCAGGCCAACACGCUGGUUGACCUUUCCAAGAUGCAGAACGUUAUGUAUGACCUGAUCACAGAGCUCAAUGACCGGAGUGAGGACUUGGAGAAGCAGAUUGGCAGCCUAGAGUCCAAACUGGAGCAGCUCACCACUAGCUUCAACUCUCUUCCCCUGCUCAUCGCCGAAACCCUGCGCCACCAGCAGCAGCAGCUCCUCGCAGCUGUUAUUGAGGCUCGUGGCAUCAGUAUGGCAGGGGGAACCCCCCAGACGCCCCUGUCCGACAGUCCGAUUGGGGUCAGCUCCACCUCCUUCCCAACCCCUUACACCAGUUCAAGCAGCUGCUAAAUUGCAGACUGAGCCCCCAAGCCCUAGGAAGACAGACAAGAAGAGCUACUUGUGGGUCUUCAGAGUCAAGUCAACUUUCUUCCGGCCCUCUGGCCGCCACAGAAACAUCCAGGCCAAGCCAAUGCUGAAAGCAUGACCGAACUAACACCGAGGUUAGCUCAGAGCCCUUGGAGUUCAACAACGCCUUGGAACCAGAAAUCCAAUCUCUGUUUUGGUGCCUCUACAUGCGAUGAGAAGGAAGCGGAUGUGAGGGGAAGCCUCUGGCAAGGCCCUUGCUGCAGUGUUUAGUGGAGGACAGAAAUCCACACUCAAUCUCAGGUCUUCAAAUAGAAAAAAAAAAAAUAGUCCGAAGCACUGAAGCAAUGGAGCUGCAACAGAGGGAGAGUACUCCACAGCGCGGGCUGUGAGCCAUGGGCAAAAGGGGCUGCUUAUCUCCAGGGCCUUCCUUCGUCCCCAUUCCUCCCAGCCCUGUUCGUUAAGUGUCUUGCCAAGGAAGAGUGGGGGAGGAGGACAGUUAGUUUGCCAAGACUGCUAUCCUUUUGCCUCCUGCACCUCCCACAGCCCUACCCGGGAACUGCCAAUAUCUCGCCUUCUUGCACAGGCUCUGAGCUCAGAGGCCCGUUUGC